UUCCGAUGGUCCAUGAAGCGGAUUAGGACUUCAGUCCUGAGUCUGCUGCUACAUCCUCUCAGCUGAUCCGGAGAAGUUCCUGCAGGGAAACAAACAGGCCCAGCCUGUAAGCUCAGCUCAACGCGGCACCAUGGAUUUCAACGUGAAAAAACUGGCUUCAGGCGCGGGGGUCUUCUUCACCCGAGCAGUACAGUUCACAGAGGAGAAACUGGGCCAAGCUGAGAAGACAGAGCUGGAUCCCCACUUAGAGAACCUGAUCACUCGGGCAGACUGCACCAAGAACUGGACUGAAAAAAUCUUAAAACAGACCGAGGUGCUCCUGCAGCCCAACCCAAGUGCUCGGAUAGAGGAGUUCAUCUAUGACAAGCUGGAUAAGAAGCUCCCCUCCAGGCUGACGAACCCAGAGCUGCUGGGCCAGUACAUGCUGGAAGCUGCCAAUGAAUUUGGUCCAGGAACACCUUACGGCAGUACCCUGAUCACUGUGGGUGAGUACCAGAAGAGACUGGGCGGAGCCGAGCGCGAGCUCCUCCAAACCUCAGCCGCCGGCUUCCUCACUCCUCUACGCAACUUCCUGGAAGGAGACUGGAGGACUAUAUCAAAAGAGAGGCGACUUCUAGAGAAUCGGCGGCUGGAUCUUGACAUCUGCAAAGCACGUCUGAAAAAAGCCAAACUGGCAGAAGCCAAAGCAGCGGCUGCACCUGAUUUUCAGGAGACAAGGCCUCGAAAUUAUGUUCUCUCUGCCAGUGCAUCAGCGCUGCUGAGUGAGGAAGUGGACAAAGCAGAGCACGAGCUCCGUGUAGCUCAGACAGAGUUUGACCGACAAGCUGAGGUUACCCGGCUGCUGCUGGAGGGCAUCGGCAGCACGCAUCUCAACCACCUGCGAUGUCUGCAGGAUUUUGCAGAGGCUCAGGCCACUUACUACGCCCAGUGUCAUCAUUACAUGCAGGACCUUCAGAGGGAGCUCAACAAAUGUGCUACUGUCGUCAGCACCCCCCACACUGCUGCUGCCUGCCCGGACCCUGUCUCCUCUGCUUUCCUGUCUGGACCUUCAUCCCCCGGGACCACAGUCUCCUCUCUGUCUAGCCAAAUGCCCAGCACACUGGCUAUGGAGCAGACACAGCUCCCUGUUACAGGCACGAGAAAAGCCAAGGUCCUGUAUGACUAUGAUGCCCAUGAUGUCAGCGAGCUGUCCCUCUUGGCUGAUGAGCUCAUUACCGUACACACCGUACCAGGAAUGGAUCCUGAUUGGUUGAUUGGAGAACGGGGGAACCAAAAAGGAAAAGUCCCUGUCACCUACCUCGAACUGCUGAGCUAAUGGACCACACAAGAGGACGGACACACACACACACACACACACACACACACACACACACACACACACACACACACACACACACACACACACACACACACACACACACACACACACACACACACACACACACACACACAC